AUGGGAGAAAAGAGACCUAAUUCAAACGCUAGUAAUGGAAGAACUCAAAAGAAGAAGUUCAAGAUCAAUUCAGGGUUCUUAGAUCCAGGAACUUCAGGAAUAUAUGCAACAUGUAGUAGAAGGAAAGAACGUUUGGCCGCCCAAGAGUUGGGUCAGUUGUUUGAAGAAAAGUUUCAAGAGAUGUACAAGGAGGAGCUUACUAAAGAUGAUGAUAGUGACGAAGAGAAUAUUGACGAAUUAUCUAUUGAAGACCAAAUAAAACAAGAGUUAUCGGAAUUACACGAAAAGAAUAAGCCAACGUCAAAAUCUCAUGACAAUAACAAGAAGAAGGAGCCUUUACAAUUUAUUGACUUAGAUUGUGAAUGUGUGAUAUUCUGUAAGACGAGAUCACCAAUUGUUCCUGAAGAAUUCGUUGCCAAGAUUAUUGAAGACUUGGCUUCUCCUGACAACAUGGAAAAAAGGACCAGAUAUAUUGCAAAGCUUACACCAAUAACUUAUUCAUGUAAUGCUACUAUGGAACAAUUGAUUUUAUUGGCUCAGCGUAUUUUAGCACCACAUUUUCAUGGAGAGCAUUCAGAAGAUGGCCUUAAGUUUGCUGUAGAAGUGACAAGAAGGAAUUUCAAUACGAUUCCAAAGAUGGAUAUUAUCAACCAAGUGGUCAAGGAAGUCACUGAAAAGGGAAAAUUGAACCAUAAAGUCGAUUUAAAGAAUUACGACAAAUUAGUUCUUGUAGAAUGCUUUAAGAAUAACAUUGGUAUGUCAGUGGUAAGCGGUGACUAUUUGACCAAAUACAGAAAAUAUAAUGUUCAACAAAUAUAUGAAGCCAAAUUCAAUGAUAAUUCAGAAGAAAAAGAUGCACAAAAUGCUACGAAUAAAUAG